AUGUCUAUCCUCAAAACCAUCGCUGUCGCCUGUGCCUUGAUUCCUCUGGCACAUGCCGGAAAGAACAGCAUUGCCAGCCGUCAGAAUGUCAACACAACCUGCACCGAUAUCCACUACUUCGAGGCUCGAGGAACGACUCUUUCUUACCCGGGUAGCUUGAUCACUGUUAUUGAUCCUCUAAUGAGGGCUUUCCCCAACAGCAACUACGAAGACAUUGUGUAUCCAGCUACGGACGAGCGAGGAAGCGACAGCUAUUUCGAGGGUGUACAAAACGGCGCCAAACAAAUCAACUCCUAUGCGGAAGCGUGUCCCGAGUCGCAGAUUGUGUUGAUGGGGUAUUCGCAAGGUGCCCUUGUUCUGGGGGACAUCUUGGCUGGUGGAGGCGACAACUCAAUCUUGGGGAACUUGACGCAGCCACUGGUCAAGUCCUGCGGCGCCGGCAAGCAGAUCUCGGCGAUUCUUCUGUACGGCAAUCCUCGACACAUGCCGAAUCAAACAUACAACGUCGGAAAUGUUUCCGCUGCGGAUGCUACUGGCAAAUACCCUCGCACCGCUGCGCAGCUUACGAACCUGAACAAAUACGCUGAUCGAAUCCGUGACUUCUGCAACUUCCACGAUGGAGUCUGCGAUGCGCGCGGCAGCGACCUCAGCGCUCACCUGGCGUAUUCUGCGGAUUACGAUGCCGAGGCAAUCGCUUGGUUGCAGUCGAAGCUUUAA